AUGGGUCGCCCGAAAGUGAUCUUCUUGGCGGUGGUAGCGCUGCUGCAGAGUGUGGCCGGAGAUGGUGCCAGUUCGUUCAUUGUUGGAGGUGUUUCGGCAGCCCCGGGGCAAUUUCCGGCGCAGGUUGCCAUACAGGUCGGUGGCACAAUAUUCUGUGGUGGCACGAUUCUCAACCAGAACCACAUCCUAACGGCCGCCAGCUGUGUGCUCGAUGUGAACAACAACCUUGUGGCGGCGAACCAGGUGACGGUGCGCGGAGGAGAGCUCGUGUUCCAGCCCACCCAGAUGGCAUGGCCCGUCAAUCGGAUCUUCCCGCAUCCCCAGUACAAUCCGUGGUCGUUUGAGAACGAUAUCGCGGUGCUUCGGCUGGAGAACAACAUCGUCUUCCCGCAGGUGCCCCUACCGAACAUUGCGGCCGCUCAGCUGAACAGCCGGAUCGUAGCGGAAGCCAACGAGUGUGUCGUCGUUGGCUGGAACUGGACACCGCAACAACCGAGCGUACCACUGCAGGCGCUGUUCGUGCGGGUUGCUCCACGUACCGCUUGUAAUAACCUGCACCAGGGAAUGCUGCGCGAUUCGAUGAUCUGUAGCGAGUACGUACAGCAGACGAAUGGUGUCUGUCAACCGAGCCGAGGUGGUGGCAUGUACUGCAAUGAUCUGCUUACCGGAGUCGUCUCGUUUGGAUUCGGUUGUGGUACGAACACCACAAUGACCGUGCACACCCAGGUGCGUUAUUAUCAGCCUUGGAUUCAGCAGCAGUUUGGCCGUACCGAUACACCUCCUGCUGGUACUACACCGGCACCGAUGCCCGGUGAUGUUGGUGGCGGUGGCGGCGGCGGUGGCGCAGCCUCGUCCAUUUCCCUAUCGCUGGCCACCAUCGUGGUAGCGUUGGUUUCGGCCCUGGCCCUUAACUAA